AGAAACCGACUAGACCGACCAAAGUUUCCAAAUGUCCAUGCAGCAGCAGCUCACAUGACCACCCACGAUUCCUCCUCCGGGCUCGACUCUUCCAGCAUGGACGAUCAACCCUCCACUAAACGCACCGUUUCACUCGACCCGGAACCCGAACCCGGACCCGGUGGCGAGGCCUGGGUCGACAACUUCAACCGCAGCUUCCGCCAGGUCCAGGCCGUCCUCGACCGCAACCGCGCCCUCAUCCAGCAAGUCAACGACAACCACCAGUCUCGGAUUCCUGCCAACAUGGUCAAGAACGUCGCCCUCAUCCAGGAAAUCAACGGCAACAUCUCCAAGGUCGUUUCCCUCUACUCCGACCUGUCGUCUGAUUUCUCCUCCGUCUUUCGCAACAAGGACGGCGACGACAAGCCCAACUAGGGUUCAUUUUAAGAAGAAGGAUUACAGUGCAACUGCAUUUCCUGUUGAACCUGCCGAACUAAAGACGAGGUAUUUAUGGCUUUUCUCUCAAUGCCUUGUUUGUUGCAAGGUUGAUACGGAAGUUGUGGACCUCGUAUUAAGGAAUCUUCUCAGCAGGUCAGCAUGGAAUGUUCAGAGUUCAGACGAGUAGCUUGUUAUUAGUUAGGCUCUGCAUUUGGGGUGCUGAAGAAGACUAUGUGCUGCUCAUAGUAAAGGGCAACUUCUCUCACCUAUUCUUAUGAAAGGAAUUUACGAUCAUCGUGCUAGCAACUUCUGAAUCUGUUUGGUUAUGUUGUAUUUGGGAUCUGUUCUCAUCCUUGUAUUGUAAAAAUCAUUCUAUCAGUCCUUUUAUCAACCUGCCAUGAUGCUCUUACCGGACAUUGGGUUACAGAUAGUAAGGAGAAACUCAUCUGUUGCCAUUCAAGUAUUCAAGAUUAUCAUCAUGUUGAAGAUCUUUUACCAGAUUUUAGUUCACAACAAGUCUAGACCUCUUAUCUGCAGUUCCUGGACUCCUGUAGUAUCUCUGUGUCAGGCUUGAACUUGUUCAGGAGGUUUUAUGAUUCAAUCACUUUGCAGCCUAAUAUGAUCAGAACACUAUUAAGUGUGGGCAGAUGGCAAUUCCGGCUACAAGCUUCUUUAUCUUUCAGCACACUUUUGUGCUUGUUACUUAUUGUAGUCGAUUUUGGGGAUAUUGGAUUCUGUUGGUUUCGUUUCAACUUUGUUUUUGUUGUGUUUCAAUGGCUAGUUAGCUGUUAGGAACAAUCUGCAAAUCCUAUCAUAAUACUAGUCAAGGUUCUACCUUUGC